AACCGUGGCAUUAUCGUCACAAUAUAUAUUUAAUGUAUCAAAUACUUCACGGUGGUUAAGCGGAUUUUUAUCUUCUCAUUGAAUUAAAUCUUUGACCAGGUCUCGCCUGUACGCCGCAGCGCCUCCACCGGACUGGAGGAGUAGUUCUCGUUUUACGUGCUGUUGCUAGGAUACCGAGCACCACAGUGUAGCCCGAAGCAAUAUGAUGUAAAUGGUCGCGUCCAGCUCUUCUCGGGGGGAAAUUGUUUGCGAUGAGUCUCACCAGCAAACGAGAUGGCUGCAUUCGAUGAUGGACAGGGCGAACCCUACCAAACGGUUCCCACCUUGGACAUUACACCAACGAAGAAAAGAAAGUCAGUUAGAGGAGCAGCAAUACAAGAAUAUGCAAAGAAGAAUAAAAGACACCAAUAAAUACUAUGACAACAAAAAUGGGGCAUUUUCUCCGCAUGGUAACACAUUGGAUAGACAUUUCCUGCUCAAAUUACACUGCGCUGAUAAACCGUGUGAGCUCUUCUCUGUUGACAUCAGUGAGCGGAAUCUGAAUUCUGUCAAACCAGGAGACCUCGAGGCCUUUGACAAUGUAGCUUACAUAGACGCAUCUGUUAACUCCCUCUCUUUAGGGUCUUUUAGCAGCUUUAUGUCUUUGAGAGAACUCAAUCUGUCACUAAAUGGGAUUUGCAACAUGACGUUCCAUGCAGCUCACUUCCCUAAUCUCCAGGUUUUGGAUUUGUCCUUCAACAAUUUGUCAGCUGAUGAUAUUGUUUCCAUCGAUUGUCUUCCACGUCUAAAAGUUCUUCAUCUGACCGGAAAUAAGCUUCAUCAACUUCCUCCUAAUCUGGGUUCAGUCAACCAUGACCCCACGCAACAACCAGAUGGGGAAGACGACACCACGUUUAAAGCUCUUGAAGUCCUGAUGCUUGACGAUAACAAGCUGUCCUCCGGAGUCUUCGUUAGUCUUGCAAACCUUAAGAGACGCCGUGUUCAAAACUUUGGCGGACGUCUGUUGAAGAGCCAGCCGAAGAAGAAGGACUUGGAAAACUUGGAGGAGCGCCUCAAAAAAUCCAGUUUCCCGCUACCUGAGCUUCAGUUCCUCAAUUUAGCCGAUAACAAGAUUGCCGAAGAGGAAGCCCUGAUGGCUGCUGCUCUUUUCCCAAUGCUUCGAGAACUGGACAUUCAUUCCAACCCUCUGACCACGCUGAGAAGUGGAGACCCUCCCUUACUGACGUAUUACCUCCACGAGAGACUGGGGAUUACGAUAAAGCGUAAGAAGGCACAGAAGAAGGUGUUGAAGCUUCCACUGAAGCUGUGUGAUGAUCCCAGCUGGAAGGUGGAGGAAAGGAUCCCAAAGUUCUCAAAGAAGCUGUCGCUGAUGGACGUACCUGGUUCUUCCCAGAGUCAGAAGAAGAAAGCGUCAGAAUCUGAAGGCAGGCAAAGCAGAAACGACACCCUCAUCUUUGUUACUCAGGCAACAGAUGUUCCCGAAUAUGAGUGCGACCUCCCAGCUGUCAACAAAGAAACUGCAGGGAACGAGGAAAGAUUGAUGGACUCGAAGGGAAAACCAAGUCCUGAUGUGGUGGAGCCCAUCGGAAUUCAAACUGCUGUUCGGAUGCUGGAAAACACACUGAGGCGUCUUGAUGUUCGCAGAGACUCAAAUCAAAAACUUGAUUGCGUCCAGAUUCCAUACAGAAGGAGAGAGAGAAUGAUUGAGGAACUUCCCCCCGUGAAGCCAAUCGAGCCGCCGACCGAAAGGGUCAAUGAAAUGUUCGCGCAAAUCAAGGAGAGUACAACCGUCACAAAAGUCCCCUUAGGCGCCGCCGUACGAGGGACGGGCGUCAACAGGCGGGAGCAGAAGGAAGCUCUGUCGCUGCUGGGAGACAUACAGAGGAAGCACAAGAUGGUCCAUAAGAAAACGAUGGAGCAAGCAGCCGGCAUUCAGUCCGACCGAAACACCGACCGGCCGCCCAGAUGCUCUCCAGUGCUCAGCUGAACUGGGAUUUUCUUUCCGGCGGGACUGAGACCUCGUUGCUGUCGGCAUAGAAUUGGUACGAGUGCAGUGGAUGACAAAGCCAACCAUGUAUAAAAACUAAAAUAGGUGGUCGUGCAACUUAUUGGACGACUUAGAUACGCAAACGUUAUUUUGAACAAGAGACCUGUAGCCUGUAGCACACGGCGGGCAGCGGAUCAAUAAGCAAAUAGAAAGCUGCGGCCCGUAUAAUAUGAUCUUUAAUGCAUUUCAGAGGGAUGGUUUAAAGCAGCUGCUAUCAGCAGACUCACUCCAGCUUGCAUGCAUAGUACACUACAGCAUCCCAUGUGUCAGCUCAGCUUCUUGGGCAAAAGACCAAAGAAUACGUUCCAGUGUUUUCACCGGCCCACAUGUUUUAUUCCAUGAGCAUUCCCUUGGAGGCUGCAGUUCUCGGCCUUCAUCCUACUGAAGCGUGCUAGAGAAUUAAAUUAAGAUUGCUUUAUAGAAUGCUUGGCCUUCCAAUAAAUGAGCCCAGCUGCAACUGGACUAAAUAGAAGUGAUCUUUUCAACCAAUGAAUACUAACGCUGAGGAUGUGUGACAUGUUGAAUGUGUAACACCUUAAAAUCAGCUGGAGAGCAUUUGUACUGCAAAUACUUACACUGUGCUACUUUAUGUGUUAUAUUAAGUGGAACAGUAAUUUAUUAUAACUUAAAGCAGAUGUCUGCACAUCAAUAACAGUUUUCUAUUACAUGUCA